AUGGCCGUCGCCAAAGUCCUCCUCCCCUCACUAAGCCUCUUCGUCUUCUACGCGAUCUUCUACUACGCAGACAUAAACGGCCUUCGCGCACUAGGCGAGCAGUACAUCGCAUCUGGAGCCCUCCCCGGAACCAAUGAGCCCCUCCGCACAAUCUACACCGGCAUCGAGCCAAUCGACCAUCUCCUGACAACCCUAACGGCCUUCUUCUGGCCAACAACAGAUGGCAGCAACCCAUCGCUGCUCCUCCACUCAAUCGCCUUCUCCGGAACAUUCGGCUCAGCCUGGGUGCUCAUCACCCUCGAAGCAUGGCGAAAGGGGAACGCAUGGACAAUUGCAGCAUUCCCAAUGAUCUUCGGCCUAACAGCCCAAGUUCUCACCUUCGCCUUCGCAGCCCCCCUCUACUGCUUCUUCCACCUCAUAACCUCCAGAACAGCCAAAAACCCAACCCCCGACAACCUCCGCAUCUCGCGCGCUAUCACAAACACCCUCCCCCUCGUCUUCAUCCUAGGCUACAUGGUACCCACCCAGCUCCUGAUCCUCCCAAUCUCAGAGCACAUAACAUUUGACCUGAAGCAAAUCUUCAUCGCCAUCUGGCAGCCCUGGCCCGCCUACGUCUCCAUCCUCCUCACCCUCAUCUACACCAUCACCACCCCCUUCACAUCCUCAGAUAGCACAACCCCAACCAGCGAGCGCAAGUCCCUCAGUUCCCUGAGAUGGGUCUACGCAUUCGCAUUCGGUAACACAGCACUUACGCAUCUCGUCUCGUGGAUUAUUUCCUUGGCUUCUGUUCUCGUCCCUGGUAUCUUUAGUGGGGAGUUUGUGGAUGCCCUGCAUCCUGGACGGGUGUUUGAGGUCCCGAUUCCAUGGGAAGAUCCUGUUCGGACUGUGGCUAGUGUCGGGCAUGGGGUUCAUGCGUUCUUGAGGUGGGAUUAUAUUAUUGGGUCACUCGGAGUGCUGGUUUGGGCGGGGAGUCUUUAUGCAGCUGCGCAGAGGGGGGUUUAUGGUAGGGUUGGGUGGUUAGGGCUUUUUGGGAAGGCGGUUUUGUUAAGUAUUUUUGUGGGGCCUGUGGGCGCUGCUGUGGAGUUAAUGUGGGAGAGGGAGGAGUUGGUUCUUGCGAAAAGGGGUUCAAUUGAGAAUCGGAAGAAGGAUUCUUAA